GCCUUGCCAGCCUGAUUAAAAGGCUAGGAGACUGAGCCUCACCUGUCCUUGUCUCUGAUUGGCCCUCGGGCAUUCCUAGCUCCCAAAUCCCACUAAGCAAUCCCGCCAGGGCCUGCACAGGUCUGUGGAGAGCCAGUUGAUUGCCAGCUUUGGGGCCAAAAGGUUGUCUGAGGAGACCGGAGGCUGCCUACCCUGUCCCUCUGCCUGCUGCUGGGACCAUGGGGGCUGGGGCCAGUGCUGAGGAGAAGCAUUCCAGGGAGCUAGAAAAGAAGCUGAAAGAGGAUGCUGAGAAAGAUGCUCGAACCGUGAAGCUGCUGCUGCUGGGUGCUGGUGAAUCCGGGAAGAGCACCAUUGUCAAGCAGAUGAAGAUUAUCCACCAGGAUGGUUAUUCACUGGAAGAAUGCCUGGAGUUCAUUGCCAUCAUCUAUGGCAACACUCUGCAGUCCAUCCUGGCCAUUGUUCGGGCUAUGACCACGCUCAACAUUCAGUAUGGAGAUUCAGCGAGACAGGAUGAUGCCCGGAAGCUCAUGCACAUGGCGGAUACCAUUGAGGAAGGCACGAUGCCCAAGGAGAUGUCCGACAUCAUUCAGCGCUUGUGGAAAGACUCGGGUAUCCAAGCUUGCUUUGACCGUGCCUCGGAGUACCAGCUCAAUGACUCCGCUGGCUACUAUCUUUCAGAUCUAGAGCGUCUGGUGACUCCAGGCUAUGUGCCCACUGAGCAGGACGUGUUGCGCUCUCGUGUCAAAACCACCGGCAUCAUCGAGACACAGUUCUCCUUCAAGGACCUCAACUUCAGAAUGUUCGAUGUGGGCGGGCAGCGUUCCGAGCGCAAAAAGUGGAUCCAUUGCUUCGAGGGUGUGACCUGUAUCAUUUUCAUCGCCGCACUGAGUGCUUACGACAUGGUGCUGGUGGAGGACGACGAAGUGAACCGAAUGCACGAGAGCCUGCACCUGUUCAACAGCAUCUGCAACCAUCGCUACUUCGCAACUACCUCCAUCGUGCUCUUCCUCAACAAGAAGGACGUUUUCUCCGAGAAGAUCAAAAAGGCACACCUCAGCAUCUGCUUUCCGGAUUACGAUGGACCUAACACUUACGAGGAUGCCGGCAACUACAUCAAAGUGCAGUUCCUCGAGCUGAACAUGCGACGUGACGUGAAGGAGAUCUACUCCCACAUGACGUGCGCCACCGACACACAGAACGUCAAGUUUGUCUUUGACGCCGUCACCGACAUUAUCAUCAAAGAGAACCUCAAAGACUGCGGGCUCUUCUGAGAUGCCUGAAUUCGUGUGUGUCCCUCGCUCUGAGACUCUGUACGUAAACCAGCUGCCCUGUAGUGCCCUCCGAUAAUUCCCCUGCCUCAGCCUGUUGCUCCACUAGUCACACAUCCAAAGCUCUGAGGCUUGAAGUGCAGACCCUCCCCCAAGUCCCCAACCCCGCCCUGCCCUUCACCGCCUGGCUGCACUGGCCUCUUGGACCCACGGUAGCCAGCCUCAGCAAGGACAAAGGCAAGACUUGGGACAGCUGGAGCUCACAGUGACUCAGCAGUGCCCGAGUGACCCGUCCCCAGAAGCCCUCUGCCACCCCCACCAUCAGCAGCUCACCUGGUGGAUUUCGAUUCAGCAAACAGCCCUCCCCCGCUCCCCAGCCUUCAGCUGGAAGUAUCCCUCCCUCAAGCAGGCCUGCAGCUUGCCAGCAGGUCAUUCCAGCCUGCUACCUGCAUAUGACAAGUCCAACAUCUGUCCACGCAGUGGUCAGUAACUGUCCCUCCCAGCAGCCCAAGGGACCCAAAGUCCAAGCUCUGGUCUGUGUAGCCUCACAUAAAUUAGUGACUUUGAGAUGGGUGCCAGGGAGAGACACAAGACAAACCCAUGCCCAAAUACUAGGCUCAGAGUAUCUCCCAGUUCCUUUCCCUCUGGGUCUUGCCCCUCUGUCCUUGAACACUUCCACACCCCCACCUCAUCCACCCACACAUAAUACUCAGAGCUGGCUGGUCAAGGUAUGGUAUAUUGAAGGAGGGUACUAUUGACAUCAGCUAUGACCAAUAAUCAAGCUAUGUUGAGGGGUGGCUGAGGGCAGAGUCCAACUCCUAUUGAUCAGCCACAGGCAAAGACUAAUUCCAUGUGAGGUUUACAGGCAAGUCCAUGUGACUCUGUUGUCCCUCCGGACUCAGGAUCCAUUCCUUUCGAGAGAGAACUGAAAACCUAGCCUGAACCAUUAGAGACAACGUCCCACAUCCCCCAGCCUCUUCUCCUUUCUUCAUCAAGGGCAAGUCUUUGCUUAAGCCUGUGGACCAGAGUCAGUGCUCCUGUUAGAGACACAGUGCUUCUGUCCAGCAAGGCUAGGCCAUGAUCUCUACUUCCCUUAGCUAUGUGCGUCAACUCAGCAAUAAACCUUUGCACCAGAUUUGCUGUCCUUUCUUGAGUCAGUGGGGGAAGCU